ACACUCCUUUUCACGCGACGGGCUAUGUCAACUACUUCCUCAUUUCAACUAAAAAGUUUUCGGGUGAAGAAAUUGAUUGCUACUUUGUAUCUCUGACAUUUCAGAUGAUCAGAUACUGUAGUUACUCACUCCGUUGAUAUUAUUACUUGAUAGCUAAGAGGCUACAUUGUAGCUACUACUUAAUCGCGCUGGGAGAGAUCACAAGAAAAUAAACAUGGACAAUACUGGUUUUCCUAGACAAAAAACAAUUAAGCUUGUGAUAAAAACACCGAAUCAAGCCCACGGGGAUCAAACGAUUGAAGGAGUUGACAUGGAUUGGACAGUGAAAGAGUUUAAGACACAUUUGUCGAGAAUGUACCCAAACAACCCGGCUGAAAGUGAUCAGAGACUAAUUUACUCUGGCAAGCUGCUCCCAGACCACCUGCAUGUAAGAGAUAUUUUCAGAAAGACGGACCUAACACCCACUGUGCACCUGGUGUGUGCAGUAAGGACUCAGCCUAUAGGUCCGCUAGGAGCAAGACCAAAGGUCAGGGAAUCAGAGCAGCAAGAGGCACAAACAUCGGCCAUGCCUACCGGUCAGAACCCAGAGGGUGCCUCCCCAGCCCCAUCUGUGCCCACUGAACCAGAACUGAGACAGCGCAGGCCCCCUGCCCCCUCUCACACCCCACCAGCAGCUGCAUGGCCUGGCACUACAACGCUAGUGGCAGCAGAGAUGACAAACCCAACCUUCCCCACUUAUUCCCUCUACAGCCCUCAACAGCUUCUCUGGCUGCAGCACAUGUAUGCUCGCCAGUACUACAUGCAGUACCAUGCAGCCUACGCAGCAGCAGCAGCCUCUGCCCCCUUUGCCCCAGCCGCCGGCCCAUCCCUGCCUGUCGCACCCCACCAAGCCGCUAUCCCAGCAGCCCUGCCAGCCAAUCAGAAUGCACAGGAUGCUGCCUUCAUCAACCCGGGAGCAGCCAAUCAGAACCUGCGGAUGAACGCCCAGGGCGGACCUGUGAUGGAGGAUGAGGAGGAUAUCGAUCGGGAUUGGCUUGACUGGGUGUACACGGCUGCACGUCUGGGUGUCUUCCUCAGCAUCGUCUACUUCUACUCCAGCCUGAGCCGCUUUGUCCUGGUCAUGAGCAGCCUUCUCCUUAUGUACCUGCACACAGCAGGCUGGUUCCCCUUCAGGAGAAGGCCCCUGGUCAGAGGUCCAAACAACCAGGUCCCCGAGGUUAUCCAGAACCACCAGGACAGGAACCCAGUUCCACCUACGGAGGACCCUGCAGGAGAAGAGGGGGCCGGGGCGGAGGCUGAGGUUGAUGAACCACACCCCCUGACUGCAGUGCUGGUGCCUCCACACAGGGUGUCCAUCGUUUGGACUGCCUGGAUCUUUUUCAAAGCCUUCUUUGCCUCCCUCGUCCCAGAGGCCCUAGCAGUGGCUAACUGAAUUAUCAUCUUUUCCAGCAGGGGGCACACUGGUGCUGAAUUUAACCUGAGUAUUAGACAUGCCUCUCUGUCACGGGAAGUCCUCCCUCUUUGGACUUCUGGAUAGUAGAUGCCUGGACAUUUUGUGAGAAAUCCUGAAUGAUUUAGGGCUUCAAUGCAUACAAAUCCCUGCCUGUAGUCUGUUGUGUGUGUUUAGGGAUAUGGUGGUUCAUUCGGCACUUCCUGCCUUAUGAUAGUGACCAAAUGGUUGUAUAUGCAGUAUAGUACAUACACUUCUCGCUGCCAAAUGGUUGUAUAUACUGUAAAUGAGUAUUGGAACUAAAAAUGUAAAUAUUAUUCUAUUGUCUGUGUAACAGGGUUGGUUAUGUUUCCACUUGACACUGCAGAAACCUGUAUUUUGUUUGUGUA